GUCGAGAUUAAUGGCGGCCGUAGUGAUGAGUCUGGGAACAGCGUGCGCUUUCCAUGGACCCCUUCCUCUCUCCCCUUCCUCUUUCUCCCUUGCUUGGCCGACCUCCUCUCGAUCCCUCCCAUUGUCACCGGUGUCUCAAUCUUGCUCAGCGUUUUCCCCGCUGGUGUCGAGUGGAAAACAGUUUGCCAAGGUCAGCCUGCGCAUGGCGGGAACCUUUGGCAACAACGAGGAUCCAGAAGACGAGAGAGGAAACUCCUUGCCUCUCUUCUACAGGAGUGACAAUGGCACAAGGGACUCAGAAUUCCGAGGCAUUCAGUCGAGGGAUGAUGGACCAAUCAAUCCUUAUGUUGAGAUGCUGGAAUCUAUCUCCCCCGGAGAAAUGGUCGGUCAGUUCAUGGCAACAGCAUCUCCGAGAGUUCAAACCGCAGUGAAGAAUACGAUCAUGGGGUUGCUGGGAAGCCUACGCGCCUCCCCUGCGUUUGAUGCCUCCAUUGUUACUACACAGCGGGCAAUGGCGUCUUUGAUGUUUCAGCUCGAAAUGACUGGCUACAUGUUUCGCAAUGCCGAGUACAGGCUAAGCUUGCAGAAGUCUCUUUUGGAAGCGCUUCCGCCAUCCAUUGAGGAGGAGAAAACGCCAUCACCGAGUGUAAAGGGCAAAAUUACUGUGACCAUGCCAGAUGGAAAAGAAAUAGAGGUUGAUGCCAAUGCAUAUGUCUCAGAGCUUUCAAGAGAGGUAAAACAAUUGAAAUCAGAACUACUGAGCCUCCAAAAGCAAAAUGACAUGGAUGAAGUACAAGAUAUAUUGGGAUUUGUUCAGCGCCUAGACAACAAGGAGAUGCAGUCGCUUACCUCGAGUGUAAGCCCUGAGGUAUUGGACGCAAUGAGGAAGCUGGUGGACACCGUCAUCAAAGGGAUGGGCGCUGAUCCUUCUCUGAUGAACGAGGGUAUUGAAAUCAUCACUGAGGUCCCAGCAAGCACUCUUGCCCAGCUGUGCAUGUGGCAGCUCGUGGUUGGAUACAACUUGAGGGAAAUGGAAGCUCGGGAAGAACUGAACAAGCGUCUUCCUGGUAAAGAGUGAAGAAAAAGAAACAUGUCAAAUUACGUCCUAGCGAACCAGCGAUGUUGAUUCUUUCUUCUAUUCUUUAUUAGACCUAAUAAUAGAGGAAUGCAUUUUAGGCGUCAACCAACAGCAUUGCAGCGCAAAGUUGAUGCAAACAUUGCAGACGAGCGAGAGAUUCUAAAAAACAUUAUCCUGCGAUGUCUUGGUCUGACCAUUAAACAUGAUGUUCGGGUUCCGGAUGAUAUCACCCAUGCUAACCACCCUCGGGCUGUCUGCGCUGCUGUCGUACAUCGCAUGUCUUCGAAGACGUUGAGCUUUCGUUUCAAGCUCGCGAAUGACCAAAGGAGAGCUGGAAAGGAUCUGCACCCGGCGAGCUGGAUGCAAGCGGCGCGCUGCUGGGACUCGUCUAUGAAAUGAAGGAGGGAACACAACCUCCUCUGCUUCUACUUUGCCACCAAAGCCAGAACGGAUGGUGAUCA